AUGAAAUUUUUAUCAAUAUUUUAUGUUGCAACUCUAGUAUCUUCGUUUCGAAUAACCCUGGAAAUCAAACGUGAAGUACUGGACGCCUUAGCUGAUGUUCAGAAUCUUAAUGAUACCACUUACAAUUUUGUUCAGCUUGACUCAGGGGUAUUAUUCCCCAUGCCAUUAUGUAAAGGGAUCACUUUGGAAGAGGCUACUAUUGAUCAGUUGCAAGAUUACUUAUCGAGAGGUAUCUUGACCAGUGUUGAUUUAUUACAAUGCUAUCUUGAUAGGUAUUUCCAAAUUAAUGAUUUCGUAAAUGGGGUGUUGCAAUUGAAUCCAGAUAUGUUCGCAAUUGCAACCCAAUUAGAUCAAGAAAGAAGCCAAGGCAUCAUUAGAAGUCCAUUACAUGGUAUCCCUUUCUUAGUUAAAGAUAAUUAUGCAACUAAGGAUAAAAUGCAGACUACAUGUGGUUCUAAUGCAUUGUUAGGUAAUGUUGUACCACGUGAUGCCCAUGUUGUUCAUAAGUUAAGGGCCGCUGGUGCUCUCUUGUAUGGCCAUGCUACUCUUUCAGAAUGGGCUGAUAUGAGAUCAAAUGAUUACAGUGAGGGUUAUUCUGCAACUGGAGGUCAAGCAAGAUGUCCUUACAAUUUGACUCUAAAUGGAGGCGGCAGUUCAACUGGUUCAGCUGGUUCAGUGGCAUCAAAUUUAAUUGUUUUUGCCAUGGGAACUGAAACUGAUGGAAGUAUCAUAAAUCCAGCCGGAAAUAAUGCUCUAGUUGGACUAAAACCCACUAUUGGUUUAACUUCAAGAAAUGGAGUGAUUCCAGAAUCCGAACAUCAAGACACAACUGGACCCUUAGCAAGAACAGUUAGAGAUGCAACAUAUGUUUUGCAACAAAUUUACGGAGUUGAUCCCUUAGAUAACUACACUUACGCUCAGAUAGGUAAUACCCCAGAAGACGGUGAUUAUGUUAAAUAUGUCUCAAAUAAGACUGCUUUACAGGGCGCUAGGUUUGGAUUACCUUGGGCUAAAUUGUGGUCUUUAGCAGACCCAGAGCAAGUUGAUGGAUUGUUGCAGACCAUUAAAGCAAUUGAAGAUGCUGGGGCAACCGUAUACAAUAACACUAAUUUUCUCAAUUUGGAUGUAAUUUCAUCUGAUGGAUGGAAUUGGGACUUUGGGGCUGUUAAUGAAUCGGAAUAUACAAUUGUCAAAGUCGAUUUCUAUAAUAAUAUUGCCACAUAUCUUUCGGAAUUGGAAAAUACCGACAUUAGAUCUUUAGAAGAUUUGGUGAAUUAUAAUUUUGCAAAUGAUGGUACUGAAGGGGGCAAUCCCGGAGUUGUACCUGCUUUUGCCUCUGGACAAGACGGUUUAUUGGCUUCAUUAGAAUGGGGUGGAAUUAUGAAUGAAACCUAUUAUCAAGCUAUUGAGUUUGUUCAUAGAACUUCAAGGGAAGAAGGAAUUGAUUAUGCUUUGAACUACACAGAUCCAACUACUGGAGAAAAUUUCCAAUUAGAUGGGCUAUUAGUACCAUCUGGGCACAGUAUAACUUAUCAACAGGCUGCUAGAGCCGCUUAUCCAAUGAUAACAAUACCCGUGAAUGAAACUCUGGUUGGCUUACCUUAUGGUAUUGGAAUUAUGAAUACUGCUUGGUCAGAGCCACAAUUGAUUAAGUAUGGUUCUGCAAUUGAGGAUCUCAUUAAGGGUAGAACCGUGCCCACUUUCAAGGACUAUUUAGCAAAGAAUAUUCCAGUUGUUUGA